AAUGUGUUUGUUUUAACGUGUUCCAGGCUGCAGCUGAUCGACGAUCUCUCCUAUGAAGACGUGAAGAAGUGUUACAGAGGAUCAGUGAGUCCUGCACACACACACACACACACACACACACACACACACACACACACACACACACAAACACAGACACACACAGACACACACACUCAAACACACUUCACACACAUGCAGCAAAACAAAGACCCACACAUGACGACAUGGAUCACAGAACACCGCACCUACAGAUGCAUGUGUGUGAUAUCAGCCCACAACACACACACACACACACACACACACACACACACACACACUCUGGGCUCUUGUUCUCAGGGUUGUCGGUCCAGCAGCAGGAGGUCUCUCAGAACAUUUAUACGUCCCUGCAGAAGUUUCCGGCGUCUGUCUCGUCUCCAUGGGAACACAGUCGGGGGUGUGUCUGUCUGUGUUUGUGUGUGUGUUUGUGUGUGUGUUUGGCGGUAUGAGGUGUCCGUUAUUAUCACAGAUCUGAUCCCGGGUUUGCGUCUGAAUCGGCCUCAGACCUGCAGAAAACCUUUGGUCUGUUUUUUCAGGCUCUGUUGUCUCAGACGGACAGGAAGUCAGGAAGUCGGAGUCUGCGGGCGGAGGAAGGUGGAGCGGAGCGACAGUUUGAGUUUACAUCUCGAUUAGACGUUCAGAUCUAUGACCUACAUAGAAACAACAACAACAACAACAACAACAGCGAUAUAACCCAGAACAUCAGCUGGAGUCUGGACUGAGCACAUUCAAUACAGCUCGAGAUGUGCUGCAAAGCAUUCUGGUUAUUGUAGUCAGUAAAGAACACAUUAAUGUGAAUAAUAUGGACGACAUGAAGCCGAUGUGUCGCUGACGGGCCGUUCUGGUGUGUGUGUGUGUGUGUGUGAAGUAUUCAGUGUACAGUGACCAUACAGUAUAUCCUCUUUGAUUAGUGUUUGUGUCGUUCAUGAACGAUUCGUUCAAAAGAACUGCGGAGUGAACGACAUGAAGUGAAUCACUCUGAGACCUGAUUGGUUCCUUUCUCAGUUCAGUUGAGUUCAGGAGUCAGGAUUCGUCGUGAUUCGCUCACAGCGAAUGAACGACAUGUAUCAGUCAGUGAACCAAAUGUGUCGUGUCGUUCAUGAACUCCCCACUGUGUCACUCACUGGUGUACUGCACCGGCAGGACGGGGCUCCGAGUCACUGACUGAUUCAGUGAACGAAUCUUUUGAACGAAUCGUUUUUUUUGAACGAAACAGAUUCUAAAGAUUCAGUCAAAAGAACUGAUCUUCCAUCACUUCAUUUUACCCGCACAUGUCCUCAUUUUUGGAGGCUGUUUAUAAAAUCCUUCAAAGGUCUGCGGUUUUGUACGAGAGCUUCGAUUUUGUGUCACGUGGACUUAAUGAGUCAGAGGCGCAUAGAAGACGAUCGACCCGACGUGAAAAACUCCGUGACUCCGCCCCCACGCCGUCGUGUCUUUCAGAGUGGAGUGUGAUUUUUGAUUUCGUGAUUUUCUCGUUGUCUUCUCCACAGACGGUCAGCAAAUACAACUCUCAGUACCACAAACUGUUCCAGACCGUCCCCAAAGAGGAGAUCCUGAUGAAAGGUGAGUCCACCUGCUCGGUCCAGAUCCUGUGAAGACCUCCGUGUGGCGGUCCGCAGUAAAAGUCUCCUCCUCUUCUUCAGUGUACUCCUGCGCUCUGCUGAGAGACAUCCUGCUGCAGGGACGCCUCUACAUCUCCAGAAACUGGCUUUGUUUCUACGCCAACCUGUUCGGGAAAGACAUCAAGGUGAGAGAAGGAGCUCCGCCCACCGCCGCGCUCUCCUGGACUCACAAACUCACAAAAACAGCUGAUGUAGAGUUCGGAUCAGUUUGUGUAGAAAUGAGAGAAGAGUUCGAUCCCGAGGUCGGCGACUCGUCCUCUCGUGUAAAGGACCGGGUCAUGUGACCAUCAGCUGUGAGAGGAGAAGGUCGACGACCUCGUUACAUACAUGAUCCUGGUGUGACUCGCCGUGUGUGUGUGUGUGUGUGUGUGUGUGUGUGUGUGUGUGUGUGUGUUCAGUCUAGACUCGUGUUUGUUCAGUCAGAGCAGAGUCCAGGUCAAAGGUCAUCACAGGAAGUGUCUGCUCUGCUCUUUCACAAUAAAAGCCUCUCUCUCUGCUCAGGUGUGUCUCCCUGUGGUGUCGGUCCGGCUGGUGAAGAAACACAAGACGGCGGGUUUGGUGCCGAACGGGCUCGCCAUCACCAUCGAUACGGGACAGAAGGUACCGGAACCGACUAGAACCACUGGAUUCAGGGUUUAGGAUGUUUCCAUGGUAACCUGGUGUGUGUGUGUGUGUGUGUGUGUGUGUGUGUGUGUGCAGUACGUGUUCGUGUCUCUGCUGUCCAGGGACAGUGUGUACGACGUCCUGAGGAGGAUCUGCACACACCUGCAGGUCUGUGGAUCAUGGAUCAGUUUCCCUGAAGGUCCGGGUAAAGGGGGCGGUUCUGAUCCGGACUCUUCUGUCUGUCUGUCUGUCUGCAGGUGAACGGGAAGAUUCUGAGUCUGAAGCAGUACCUGGAGGAGCCCAGCUCUCUCUCCAUGGUAGGUCUGGACCAGGUCCUCCUCAGGGUUCAGGUUUAUCACAUUCAGGUAGAAGUUCAGACCCUCACAGACCCUCACCUACUCUCUUCCAGCAGCCGCUUGUGGGAGGAGCCCAGGCAGAACCAGAACCAACAUCAGGAGAGUCUGACCUGGACUAAGGAAGACCUGGACUCGAGACCUUCAUAGAGAUCUAGAUUUCCAUUUCCAGCAGGACCAGAACUCGGUCUUAGUGGUUUUAUUGCGAUGAGAUCCACGUCAGAGAGGCUCAGGGUGUGAAUGAAAAGACUCCACAGAACCUGGACUCCUCAAAUCCACUUCUUAUGGCUCUUUGUAAAUAUUUUGGUUCUUUAAUUUUGUUUAUUUAGUCAAAUAUUAAAAAAUAAAAACAGUUUUUUUUUUUUUCUACGAGCAGAAAAUCGGAUUAUUUCAGAAACGCUCUCCGGGUUUGAUCCGAGUCAGAGAAACGGGCUUACAGAAAUACCAGGAGCUGUUGUUUUGGUCCUGUGUUUGACCUUUAGUGACCCCUUCAUGCUCCGUGAAUAAGAGGCUUUGACCGCGGUGCGUUCAGGUCCGCUCUGAACGCUGUAAAUCUGAAAUACAGGCAGAGGGGAGGGUUAAAUAUGACGACAGGUUAACACUCCGGACAUUUAUUUUGAAAGUCUACUUCCUGUAUCUCCUCCUCAUCAGGACGAGUUUCCUGAGGUGUUGAAGUGGAGGAGGAAGCCCUCGCUCCCCGCCGUGUCCUCCUCCCUCCCUGACCUGCUGGGAAACUCCUCCCCCGGCCUCGCCGCAGACACGCCCUUCAGCACGCACACGCUCACAGGUAGGCCCGCCCACCUGUCAAUCAACACUCACAGAACCUCUCCAAAGAAGACGCUGAGAUUGUUUGUUCUGAAUUUCACAGACAGCAGUUUGGAGACGGAGAAGAUCCUGCUGACAGAACCAGUACCAGAACUGGGUCAGACGGAGUACCAGCUGCUGAAGCUCUUCAUCCUGCUGUGAGUCACUGACAGGGAAACACCUGGACAGGUGCAGGUUAACGGUGGCGCCCGUUAUUCCUCCAGAGUCUCCGGUAUUUACUUUGUUAAAGCGGUUUACCUGUCCAGCAGAAAGGUUACAGGGUCACCAAGAUCCCCAAGCGUCCCCCAUGGUUUAUGUUGACCCGGCUUUUUAGCUCUUGUCCGGUCUACCUCCGUUUUAAGCGCCCGUUAUUCCUCCAGAGUCUCCGGUAUUUACUUUGUUUUCUUGCUUGUGUCGGCAGUCGUGGCCAAAGGAGGAUUCAGACAAUUUUCCGAACUUUCUGGUUGGUUUCUACUGUCCGAUAUUGUAGCACGCUAACUUUGUUUGGGCUCCUGAACGACACGGAGGAGCAGCAUUUUCUUGUUGACUGUUUUCUUGCUGACUGUUUUUUUGUUGCCUGUUUUCUUGCUGACUGUUUUCUUGUUGACUGUUUUCUUUUUGACCAGUUUGGUGAUGACUGUUUUCUUGUUGACUGUUUUCUUGUUGACUGAUUAUGGUUGACGUUUUCUUGCUGACUGUUUUCUUGUUGACUGUUUUCUUGUUGACUGUUUUCUUUUUGACCGGUUUGGUGAUGACUGUUUUCUUGUUGACUGUUUUCUUGUUGACUGUUUAUGGUUGACUGUUUUCUUGUUGCCUGUUUUCUUGCUGACUGUUUUCUUGUUGACUGUUUUCUUAUUGACUGUUUUCUUUUUGACUGUUAUCUUGUUGACUGUUUUCUUGUUGACUGAUUAUGGUUGACGUUUUCUUGCUGACUGUUUUCUUGUUGACUGUUUUCUUGCUGACUGUUAUCUUGUUGACUGUUUUCUUGUUGACUGAUUAUGGUUGACGUUUUCUUGCUGACUGUUAUCUUGUUGACUGUUUUCUUGUUGACUGAUUAUGGUUGACUGUUUUCUUGUUGCCUGUUUUCUUGUUGACUGUUUUCUUGUUGACUGAUUAUGGUUGACGUUUUCUUGCUGACUGUUUUCUUGUUGACUGUUUUCUUGUUGACUGUUUUCUUAUUGACUGUUUUCUUGUUGACUGUUUUCUUGUUGCCUGUUUUCUUGCUGACUGUUUUCUUGUUGACUGUUUUCUUGUUGACUGAUUAUGGUUGACUGUUUUGGUGUUGACUGUUAUCCUGUUGACCGGUUUGGUGUUGACUGGUUUGGUGUUGACUGUUUUCUUGUUGACUGAUUAUGGUUGACGUUUUCUUGCUGACUGUUUUCUUGCUGACUGUUUUCUUGCUGACUGUUUUCUUGCUGACUGUUUAUGUUUGAGUGUUUUCUUGCUUGUGUCGGCAGUCGUGGCCAAAGGAGGAUUCAGACAAUUUUCCGAACUUUCUGGUUGGUUUCUACUGUCCGAUAUUGUAGCACGCUAACUUUGUUUGGGCUCCUGAACGACACGGGGGAGCAGCAUUUUCUUGUUGACUGUUUUCUUGUUGACUGUUUUCUUGCUGACUGUUUUUCUUGCUGACUGUUUUCCUGUUGACUGUUUUGGGGUUGACUGUUUUCUUGCUGACUGUUUUUUGCUGACUGUUUUCUUGUUGACUGUUUUCUUGUUGACUAAUUAUGGUUGACUGUUUUCUUGUUGACUGUUUUCUUGCUGACUGUUUUUCUUGCUGACUGUUUUCCUGUUGACUGUUUUCUUGCUGACUGUUUUUUUUGCUGACUGUUUUCUUGCUGACUAUUUUCUUGUUGACUGUUUUCUUGCUGACUGUUUUCUUGCUGACUGUUUAUGUUUGAGUGUUUUCUUGCUUGUGUCGGCAGUCGUGGCCAAAGGAGGAUUCUGACAAUUUUCCGAACUUUCUGGUUGGUUUCUACUGUCCGAUAUUGUAGCACGCUAACUUUGUUUGGGCUCCUGAACGACACGGGGGAGCAGCGUCUGCCUCACAACCAAUCAGGUUAGAGGAGGUGGAGAACGGCUUUGUUUACAGUCAGAAAGAGCGGACCGCUCAAAAAUGUUCAAAUGUUGACGACACAGACAGAAGAGAACACAGAGAUAUCGAUAUAUUACCAAAUAAUCAAUAACUAAUAACUAUUGACUGAUAUUAGAAGAUUUUUUGUUUAUACACCACAAAAUAAAAAGAUGCUCCUUUAACAGACUCCUGUCUUCUCCACCUUUAAUUCUAUUUUGACUUGAAUAAUCGGUCAGUUCUGUGGAUUUAUUUAUGAAAAUAACAGAUAAAAAAUAUAAAAACACUCAGUUGACUCUGAAGUCUGAAAGCGUCACAUUAACUGUUUUUAUUUUAGUGUUUUUGUCUCUAAACUCUGAAAUACUUCAGUUUUAUCAUCAGUCUAUGUCGCCCCCUGCUGGUGGUUCUCUGUACAGUCACAUGAUUCUAGUCUAAAUUAGAGCUGAUUGGUCCUUCACUGAUAUGAUUCCUGUUAUUCCAGCUGAAGGUUCUAAAUCUGUUUGUAGACUCGUGUGAAGUCCUGAUCCUGGAUCUGAUCAAACGAGGGACUUCCUGACCACAGAGGGACUCAAAGUUCCUCCUGUAAAACCUGAACUGGACUCUUUUUUUAAACCUCUCUGUCUGUCUGUCUCUCUCUGUCUGUGUCUCAGUGUCUUCCUGCUGGUCCUGUCCUCCUGUUAUCUGGCCUUCAGAGUCUGUCGUCUGGAGCAGCAGCUGAGCUUCCUGAGCAGCCAGCCCACCCUGAGAGAGAGGUACGGGGACACAGACGGGCCGGGUUUGGACCUGGUAUCAGGAUCUCUAGCAGAGAGAGGGAGCGCAAGUUUAACAUAGAUCUGUAUAUCAUAGAUGACUCUCACCCUCAAUCUCCACCUUCAUCCUGAUCGUCUCCUAAAAGGUCGUAUCCUCCGAUCGUAGCUGAUCGUAACCAUUCAAGUUAACGUGUCAAAAGGGGCGGAGACGAACAAGUGAAAGGUUUUUAGACGUCAUUUCACCCCGAUGACACCAUGGAUGAGGAGAUGCUGAUUCUAGAAGUCUAGAAGUAGAUUUCCUCCUCUGGAAGGACACAAUCUACUGCUUAUAUGUCUAUGUGUCUGUCUUUAAGCGUCUCCGCUGAACUCCGGGUCUGUGUUCUUCUGUCUCAGGUGUGGUGAGGUGCCCUGCUGGCUGGCCAAUCAGAGGACAGGAACCUGACACUGGAGCCAAUCAGGGAGUGAAUAAGAAGAAACCUGCACUUACAUAGACUUCCCACUAGGGGGCGGCGGUGAGAGGAGACGGCUCUCAGGAGCAGACAGACCACUGUGUCAGCAGCUGAACUCUGACCCCGCAGCGACCUGGUUACCAUAGAGACGUCACUAUAGACAACAGAAACAGUAGAAUGACCUUUGACCCCCCGAGGACUGAAUGUUUGGGUGGACGCCCGGAGCUCGUGUAGAGGUCAGGAGGGACAACGACGACAUGUGUGUGUGUGUGUGUGUGUGUGUGCGUGCGUGCGUGUGUGUGUGUGUGUGUGUGCGUGUGUGUGUGUACAGACCUCUUAGAGCCACAUUCCUACUAACACACCUGGACCGUCGUCGUUCAGGUGUCCGUAGUUCAGGUAACUUUUUUAGCCACAGACUCUUUUGCAGUUCCAGGUGUGUCCGGUGGGCGGGGCUUGUUAUUAUAAUGAGGAGUUAAACCUCCUGAUUGGGUCUCUCCUCGAUGAUGUCAACAAACAGAUUCAUGCUUUCAGGGUCUCUGAGGUCAGUCUCAAAACUACAUUACCCAUAAUCCUCGGCCACCAUGGGACACCCACAAGACAGCAGCCUACAAAUCAGAGGGGAGGUUAACGUUGAAUGUUAGACUCCGCCCACUAUGGUUUGGUCUGAUGAUGCGUUCGAGAUACCUCAGAAGUCGGCGACAUCUACGAAAAGUUAUUUUGUCGUAAGCACUGAAGUAACUUUCGUAGUUGCCGCCAUCUUGUUUCUGCCUCUGAUUUUGCUUUUUUCUGACUCUGUAACUGAAACUCUGGGAACUCGGGUGUGACGUCAUUUUCAGCUCCGACUUCUGAGGUAACGGGCAAAACCCACAGGGUCCAGAACGACUUCGCUCCGCUCCGACACGGCCGGCGGAUCAAAUCCGUGAGCGUUAUAAUCAAUGUGAGUCAUUCCACAGAAUCCGUCCGUCGUUUGGCGGAAGUUUGAUGUGGUUACAGAGUAAAAUAUUCGGGUAUUUUCAAAAUAAAAGACAGUCGAUACAUUAAACUGUUUUUAACUUGAUAAUCGGAGAGGUCAGGGUUGUGGGAUGUUUGUGUUUAUUUACAUCGAUCAGCUGAUCUCAUCCUGUGACUCCCGGGGAAACACGUGAGAGCCGGUGAGAUCUUGUCUCAGUCUCGCGAGAAAUAUCCGUAAUCUCGCAAGCGCUUCUCCUCCGAUGGCGGCGGCGGCGGAUCCAGAGUGGAGCUGUUCCAGAACCUGUGGGUUUAGCCGGUAACUCAAACGCAGCAAUAUUAACCAUCACACACGGGGGUGGAUUUAAAGGUGCAGUCCGUAGAACAAAGACGUUUAUUUACUCGUGUUUUAAAGUGUUUUUAGAGAUUUUAUUUAAAAAUAGUUUCAGAGAAAUCGAUUAAAAGCUUUUCUCUGUUUUAGAAACACGCUGACGUUUCUGAUUCACUCAGAUGAAAACAUGUCGGUGCAGCGUUUCAGCCUGCAGAGCGAGGACCUGCAGCUUCUGUUAUAUAAAAGACUUUUUCUACGUCAUCAGAAGUUAAAUGAUGACAAUAAUCCAGUUAAUAAAAGAAUUCUGCGUACUGCACCUUUAACCCCGGGCCAGUCUUCGGUCAGUCUGUCCUCUUCAUGUGAACCUGAAUGAAGAUUUCUCUUUGUGCCAAAUCUGUGAAAUGACUGUAAAAUACUGAUGGAGUGAAGAGUCUAUACUAGAUGCUCUUGCAGGGCGGGAAAGAUGGACGUAGAUUUGAGGAGGAGGAGGAGAAGGAGAGGAGGAGGAAGAGGAGGAGGAGAAGAUGUUUGAAUGUUUGUGAAGAUGGAGUUUAUUUUUGAUCUGAUGAUGUUUGUCUGUAAAAAAAGAAAAAACUAAUAAACACUUUUUCAGAUCUGGA